AUAACAGCAACAGUAGGAGGAGGAUGAGCCGUGGGACCGCCCCACUCUUCCCACAGAUAUAAAUAGGAGGAGGUUUUUUUGCUCCACACAUUUCUCCUGAAGAAUGAGAUCCCUGAAACACCUCAAACAUCACUCCAGGAACAAUGUGGAAGAGGUGACUAGCCGUCUGGCGCAGAACUACUCCAAAAUGAUCGAGAGCCAAAUGGACGUGUCCACGCAGACAGAACCCGUGGUGGUGCUGUCCCUCGCCCAGGCCGCCGUGCUGGGGCUCAUCUCGCAGAACGAGAUCUUCGGCGCCACCAUCGCCCCCAACGGCUUCUACUCGGGAGAGCCCAGAGAGGGCCCCCCCCCCCCGGCCGAGGGCCCGGAGUACGAGUACGCCGACCAGCUCAUCGGGGCCAACGGGGACUACCUGGCCGAGCCCGCCGACUCAGCGGACGCCCCGCCCCACUCCAGCCAGAGGAGGAGGCCCGGGCCUCGGGGGAGGACCAAGAGGCCGAGGAGCAGCACGGAAGAGGAGGAACGUCCCCGCAGAGUGCCCAUCCCGCAGACGCAGAUCAAGGGGGAGCGCCUGGAGUCCGACACACCUCCUUCCUGCAUCCACACGCACAAGAGCCGCAGCCAGCAGGAGGAGCCGGCCGGCAGGCAGGCUGGCUCAAUGAAGGAGGAGAGGGCCUGUGGAAGCUGCAGCAGCUGUUCCAGGGACAGCCCCAGUCAACAGGAAGACCGGCCGCCGCAGCCCGAAACAGAGGAGAGGGCGAGCGGGGAACGACGGGGAAAGGAAGAGGAGCGGGCGGUUGAGGAAGAGGAAGAGGAGGCACUGAACCUCAAGACAGGAAGAGACAGCGGAAGCCCUCUGAUGAACCGCUUCUACGACUCGGGCGAGCCGGCCUACGAAGCGGGGGACAUGGCCCUGCCCGGGGACUACGAGGACAACGGGCAGGCCAUGCUGUGGUCGGACCCCGAGGGUCUGGCACGCCGCAUGCAGAUCGACCGGCUGGACAUCAACGUGCAGAUCGACGAGUCGUACUGCGUGGACGUGGGCGAGGGGCUGAAGCGCUGGAAGUGCCGCAUGUGCGAGAAGUCCUACACCUCCAAGUACAACCUGGUCACGCACAUCCUGGGCCACAACGGCAUCAAGCCCCAUGAGUGCCUCCACUGCGGCAAGCUGUUCAAGCAGCCCAGCCACCUGCAGACUCACCUGCUCACCCACCAGGGCACGCGGCCGCACAAGUGCACCGUGUGCGAGAAGGCCUUCACGCAGACCAGCCACCUCAAGCGCCACAUGCUGCAGCACUCCGACGUUAAGCCUUACAGCUGCCGCUUCUGCGGCCGGGGCUUUGCUUACCCCAGCGAGCUGCGCACGCACGAGAACAAGCACGAGAGCGGCCAGUGUCAUGUGUGCUCCCAGUGUGGCAUGGAGUUCCCCACCUACGCCCAUCUCAAGCGCCACCUCACCAGCCACCAGGGUCCGACCAGCUACCAGUGCACCGAGUGCCACAAGUCCUUCGCCUACCGCAGCCAGCUCCAGAACCACCUCAUGAAGCACCAGAAUGUGAGGCCCUACGUCUGCCCCGAGUGCGGCAUGGAGUUUGUCCAGAUCCACCACCUUCGGCAGCAUGCUCUAACACACAAGGGUAUGAAAGAAUUCAAGUGUGAGGUGUGUUCCCGAGAGUUCACCCUCCCGGCCAACCUGAAGAGGCACAUGCUGAUUCACGCAAGCGUGCGGCCCUUCCAGUGCCACAUCUGCUUCAAGACCUUCGUCCAGAAGCAGACCCUCAAAACCCACAUGAUCGUCCACCUGCCCGUCAAGCCUUUCAAAUGCAAGGUGUGUGGAAAGUCCUUCAACCGGAUGUACAACCUCCUGGGCCACAUGCACCUCCACGCAGGAAGUAAGCCCUUCAAGUGUCCUUACUGCACCAGCAAGUUCAACCUGAAGGGCAACCUCAGUCGACACAUGAAAGUCAAGCAUGGCAUUUUGGACGCCUCUAUUGAAGGACAAGAACCCCCUCAAGACAUGGAGGGACAGGAAGACUACGACGAAGACAGCUUUGAAUUCAGUGAACGAGAAAACCGAGCCAGCAACAACACACCGGACAUUGCUAAACUCUCUGAAAUGGAGUACUACAGUAGUUAUGGGAAAGGAGCGCCGCGCUACAACACUGCAUGAAUCCUAUUUAAAUCACCCCACGUAGAAUACAAGUGACAACCGAUAAAAAAGAGGGGAUGUUUUUGUUUAUUGCUGUAUAAAGGCACAGUUCCCGGUUUGUUCAUUAAGGGCAUGAAGUAACCCUGUGAUAUCCGCACAUUUUAUAUGCACUGGAAUAUAUCCAUAUGCUACCUGGCUCCAAAAUGUAUACCUAGACCUAGCUACACGCUCAUCGGUGGAGUUCAACUCAAACACGUGUUUGAAAGAUACUGACUUGCUUAAAUAUAGGGACGUUUAUUUUUCCAUUGCAAAUAUGAUAUACGGAAUUCCCCUUUCAGCCCAAAUCAUAAAGCACAUUUUAGCUGAAUAAACUCAUAAAGGCAUACAGCGAUGAGAUAAUGCAGUUAAUGAGACAAUUCUCAGCCAAGAAAGUCUGCUGGGGCACACUGAUUAGAUGGGCUAAAAGAAUUAAACAAGUCCUAUUCAUUUCACUUGCCAACGCAUAUCAAGUUAGGAGUUAAUGAAUUUCAUUUGUAUCACUCUGAUUCUAAACUGUGAUUAGGAAAAAUCAUGGUCUUUGAAAUGACCAUUUGAAGUCCAUAGGAUUUGCAACUCAAAUGUUAUUGUAUUUUACUGUACAGAAUGUAUCAGUCAUACCGUAUGACGGCUGGAUACUUAAAUCAGUUCGCUGCAUUGGGGGCACCUGUAUAUGUCCAGUCUGGUUUUUAAUUUCCUGUGUUAGCAAGUACCACGCUGUAUUGAUUCUUAGUCCAUGAAUGUAAUUGUUGCUGUGAGAUGUUUAAGAUGCUAAUGAAAAUACCCCGUUUUAAUCGUGGAGCCUCUUACCAAAGAAUUGGAUCGACCUUUUGCCAAAUCUUGCAGCUAAGGGCAGCAACAGCCUUGCUUCUUAGCAUUGUAUCGAGCUGGGAUUGGAUUUCACCGAGCCCAAUCACAGUGCUUACAUAAUUACAUUUACCCCCCUCCAUCCCCGGCCCCCCACUCCCCUGCCUAACCAUCAGUAGAUUUCCUCAAAAGAUUACCAGAGAAAAGACUGCAUUACAGCAUUUCUCUCCACAAACUCCAGCUCCGCCUCCUCCCCCAUCCAGGCCUUCGCACUACCAGACUCUCUAAAGCAAUGCACACCCUGCUCUCCUUCCCCUAGUGCCGUUUGGGUUUCCAUGGAUGAAUUUCAACAAGAAUUGUCCCCCCACCAUCCCCCGAAAAGAAAAAACUUGGGACAGAAAUAUUAAGUGGCCCCGUGUGCCUGCCAUCCAUCACGCUGUACAGUAGUCUAAAGUGAUGAACGACAGCCCCCGAACAUGUGACAGGGCCGUGGACCUCAUGGAAAAUGACUCUGGGAGUGGGGAAAUGCUCAACAUAUUCAUAUUUCCCAGCGCUUAGCUUUUCAAAACAUAACACGCACACAAGGCAUCCAUUUGCAAUGUUGAUAUGGCGACUUUAAAAAAAAAAAAAAAGAUGCUACACAUUCUUUCUGCUGAAUUCUUGAAGCUUGUGUUCAAUCCAUCAGUUUUAGUGAUGAUAUCUCUGAUGGACUCUCCAGUUGCUUUCUGUAUUGUUUACAUUUGUGUGGAAACAAUGAAUAGAAAUGUAUGUACAAUGUUGUGAACCAGAUGAUACUGUAAAAUAAAUUUAUUUACAUUAAA